UCAACCACACACUCAACCACGCACUCAACUGCACACUCAACCUCUACCACACACUCAACCUCACACUCUACCACCCACACAACCACAAACUCAACCACAACACACUCAACCACACACUCAACCACACACUCAACCACCCACACAACCACACACUCAACCACACACUCAAACACACACUCAACUCUCUCACACUCUUCAACCACAAACUCAACCACACACUCAACCACACACUCAACCUCACGCUCAACCACCACACUCACAAUUACACACUCAACCACACUCUCAACCACACACUCAACCACACACUCAACCACGCACACCCAACUUUCAACCACAAACUCAACCACAUACUCAACCACACACUUCAACUCUCACGCCUCAACCACACACUCAACUACACACUUCAACUUCACUCUCAACUACAUACACUUCAAUACACACUCAACUCUCACACUCUCAACUACACACUCAACUACCUACACAACCACACACUUCAACUACAUACUCUCAACUUCUCCAACUGCACACUCAACCACACACUCAACCACACACUCUACUACACACUCAACCCCUACACUUCAAACUUCAUGCACUUCAACUGCACACUCAACUCCUCUACCACACACUUCCAACU